GAAAAAAAAUAUAGUUUCAAACUUCUCUUGCCAAGGGAAGGAACUUUAGAAAAAAUAAUUUUAUUUGUUGAAUUUUUAUAAUAUUUGGAGGCGUUGCGAUUAUAUAUUUAUAUAUCUAAAAAUUUGAUAAUAAACGCAUUUUAUAUUCAACUGACGUACUAUUUACUGAUUGACGCUGGAACUUAUUCCUUAUUUUUUUUUUUUCAAAUGCGGGUCGCCUUUUCGUAAUUGAUAAUAUACAUUUUUCAUCCACACACAAAACCAAACCAACCAACCAACCGACCCCUAUACCCAAUCUCCUCGUCCAAGUCCCAUACGACAGACUUGAAACAAAUUUCUCAAAUAGAUAAGAAGUCGCUUCGCCGUUGUCCCAGCUGUAGCGGGCAAAGUUUGAUUUUCCAUCUUUAAGCUUAAAGACAAAGGCUGAACUAAGUAGAAAAAUAAAAUGCCGCGAAGUAGCGAUCGAGUACCCAUCGUGGAGAACGAUGAACUAUCACAAGAAGCUUUGGCAGUGAGUCCUGCAACAGCAGUGCCACAGAGAGACAAUGAAUUGGAUCCUGCACCGACUGGAUGUGGAGCAUCCAUGUGCUGUAAUCCAUCGAGUGGAUUACAUCGAUUUAUCGCACUGAUAUUUAUGUGCCUCUUGGGAUUUGGAUCGUACUUUUGUUACGACAGUCCGGGUGCACUCCAAGAUGUUUUCAAAAAGGAACUAAAUCUCACAUCCACCGAAUUUAACUUUUUAUAUUCAAUCUACUCGUGGCCAAAUGUAGUUCUCUGUUUCAUCGGUGGAUUUUUAAUCGAUCGUGUCUUUGGAAUUCGUAUGGGAACAAUUAUCUACCUGUUCAUUCUUGUCAUUGGUCAAUUGGUGUUCUCAUUUGGUGGCCUAUUGGACACCUACUGGCUGAUGGUUCUGGGACGAUUUGUCUUUGGUAUCGGUGCCGAAUCACUUGCAGUAGCACAAAACAACUAUGCAGUUCUUUGGUUUAAAGGAAAAGAAUUGAAUAUGGUUUUCGGACUGCAGUUGUCUUUUGCUAGAAUCGGCAGUGCAGUUAAUUUCCUUGUUAUGGAACCAUUGUACAAACAUGUGACAGAAUUUUAUCAUGGUUCAACAGCAGUUGGUGUUGUUUUGUUACUUGCAGGUGUUACAUGUGUAAUAUCCUUCUUCUGUGCUCUGAUAUUAGGUUGCAUGGAUAAGCGUGCUGAAAGGAUUCUGGGUCGAAAUAAUAAUCCAUCAGGAGAAGUCGUCAAACUGUCUGACGUUUUUACAUUUAAAACAUCCUUCUGGUUGGUUUCGAUUAUUUGUGUGGCUUAUUACGUGGCCAUAUUUCCAUUUAUUGCAAUGGGCAAAGUAUUCUUCAAGGAGAAGUAUGGUUUUACUCCAGAACAAGCCAACACUGUCAAUUCGAUGGUUUAUUUAGUAGCAGCUGUAGCAAGUCCAAUCUUUGGCUUUGUAAUUGAUUUGACUGGUCGCAACGUCUCCUGGGUAUUCCUGUCGACUGUUUUCGCCAUAUUUUCGCAUUCCCUUAUGGCAUUCACCAAUAUAUCACCAUAUUAUUGCAUGUUGAUGCUUGGUUUUUCGUAUUCCAUGUUAGCCGCUAGUUUGUGGCCACUUAUUGCUCUCAUCAUUCCUGAAUAUCAACUUGGAACAGCUUAUGGAUUCUGCCAAUCUGUUCAAAAUCUUGGCUUAGCUGUUGUCUUAAUUGUGUCGGGCAUAAUUGUCGACAUGAGUGGUGGCAAAUUUAUUUGGGUGCAAUUAUUCUUCAUAGGAUGGCUAACAAUUUCACUAAUAGCAACAUGCGCUAUUUGGGGAUAUGACAGAAAAAUCAAAGGAAACCUCAACAUGACACCACAAGAAAGAAUCACAUACAAUAGUAAAAUUGGUCAUGAGGGAAAUCGUGCGCGACACGCAGACGAUAUCUAUAGUAGUGACCAGGAACCGCUCCUGGAUAAUUGAAUUAAGAAGAUAUUAAUAUAAUUUUACAUUUUUUUUUAGUCCCUAAUCCCCCAAGAUAUGAAAAUAACAAACAAACAUUUUAACCAUAUACACGUAAACUAAAAAGAUAUCUACAAGAAAGAUCAAAUUAUUAUUAUUAUAAAACAAAAUAGCAAAAUUUUUCAAUCAUUGGUAUAUUAUAGAACAAAACUCAAAACUAAACAAAAAAAAAUAUUUAUCGUCCGUUAAAAAAAAAAAAAAAAACAAAAUCCAAUCAUAUCAAAAAGUUAUUAUUAUAAAUAUAAAUGUAGUUAGAUGUUAAGUUUGAACUAUUUCGGAUAGUAUAUUAUUAAUGUGGCUUGCAAUGCUUAUUUCAUUGACUUUUAUUGAUACUAGGUAGGCGGCAUCUAAAUCAUUGGUAUUUCUUUUUUUAAUGCAUAUAUGUUUUAUAAAUUUAAGUAUAAUUUUUAUUUUGUUACACAUUCUAAUUUUUUUUAAAUCAUUUUACUCGACCCUACAAUUUUUUUUUUUAAAUGACUAUUAUAAUGUAUACAUAAAACUAAAUAUAUUUUCUAUAAUUUUUACAAAAUGAUAUAUAUAGAUUAUAACUAAAUGUACAGUUAAAAAGUUAUAUUUUAUUUUAUUAGUUUUUUUUUCGAUAUUAAACA